AGAGGAGUAGGUUUCACGUGACAAGACUGGACUACAGUAGAGGGUGGUUCCUGCAGCUGAACUACAGUGAGCGCACACAGUGGACUCGGGAUUCUCUGUGAUUACUUUUUUUUAAUCAGAAUCAUGGGUCAGUUAUUCUCUGAUACAUCUAAAAAUGAAGACAACGGAGAUUUGGUGUCCAGCGCAACUAAAUAUUUUAUGAAGAUUAAGGCAGAAACCAAAAUCAUUUCUCAGGAGACCAUUCGUUUAAUAGAACUUCAUCUGAAAAAAGGAAACAUUCAAGGAGCAAACUCUGUAAUAAUUAAUGCUUUAAAAAAUAUUGAUAAGGCCCCAAUAAACAUUGCUGUGACUGGAGAGUCUGGAGGAGGGAAGUCCAGCUUCAUCAAUGCCCUAAGGGGGGUGGGACCUGAAGACCAAGAUGCAGCUGAAGAAGGGGUAACUGAAACAACUAUGAUGAGAACUUCAUACAAACACCCCAAAAUUAAAAGUUUGACUUUAUGGGACCUGCCUGGCAUUGGAACUAUGAACUUUCCACCAAACGAUUAUCUGGAGAAAGUGAAAUUCCAAGAGUAUGACUUCUUUGUUAUUGUUUCUGCCUCACGUCUUACAAAACUUGAACUAGACCUUGCCAAAGCAAUCAUAUUCAUGAAAAAGAAUUACUACUUUGUAAGAACCAAGGUCGACAUAGAUUUAGAAAAUGAGGAAAAAUGCAAACCACGUAACUUUAACAGAGAAAAGACCCUGCAGCAGAUCAGAAGCUACUGUGUGAACACCUUCAGUCAGAAUAGCAUGGAUGCUCCACACAUUUUCUUGAUUUCGAACAGACAUUUAUCUGACUAUGAUUUUCCAGUCCUGAUGGACACCCUGAUAAAGGAUCUUCCUGAUCAAAAGCGCCACAAUUUUAUGCUUUCCUUGCCUAAUAUCACAGAGGCAGCCAUUGACAGAAAGCACAAGUCUAUGCAGCAGUAUAUUUGGAUGGAAGCCUUCAAGGCUGGAAUUUUGGCUACUGUUCCUGUAGUGGGCAUAAUCAGGGAUGAUGUAGAGAAGCUGAAGGAAAAGUUAAACCACUAUCGAGUCCUCUUUGGAGUGGAUGAUGAAUCUUUGGAAUUCAUGGCUAAGGAUUCUCAAAUGCCUGUUGAACAAUUGAGAAAAAUCCUUAGAUCACCCUUUUUGUUAGAAACUAAGAAAGAAGAAACAUUAAGAGAAUCGUUUUUAAAAUAUUUUCAAAAAUGUGCCUCAGCUAAUGGUGGACUCCUUGCUACAGGUCUUUACUUUACCAGAACCUUUUACUUAGAAUUUCUUUUCCUUGACACAGUGACUGAAGAUGCCAAAGUUCUCCUUAGAGAGACAUAUUCAAAAAUAUAGUUCAAAUUAAACUGACCAUGACAAGAUCAAAUGGUUAAUGCCAGGAAGUCACUGGAUAAAUUGCCUCUAUGAUAUCUUUUUUUUACACUAGCCAAUCCUCUGCCACUAUGGGACAAACUAAGGGUAAGAGUCCUGUGUGUUAAUAUGUCAGAACCUGACAGCCCCAGCUUCACCAGUCUACCUUCCCCCUUGUCUUUCAACUCCAUAUGCACACUUGGAUAUACAUGCACAAGCACACACACAUGUAUGAAUGCAUGCGUGCAUUCAUGCAUGUGCACACAUUGCAUAAAGCACUUGCCGUGCCAUGGAGAUAGAAGGAGAAGAGAUCAAUUUACAGAACUGGUAUAAAUGUUGAGUGGGUGCGACAGCCUCCUUGUAUUCCAAACUCAGAAUGCAGAAACAGUGGAACCAUGGAGAAAGCUGUCCAGUUAGAUCAUGUAAGUCUGAAAACUCUGGGUUCAGCUGUCAGACUCUGCCUUGGAAAACGAGAGAAAGUAUUUGAAGAUAAGGCCUAACAUAAGACAGACCUGCCUAGAAACAUGUGAACAUGCAUACCGUACAGAGAGACACAUUUUAAAUAU